CUCUUUCUCAUUGUUGUCUUCACUCCGUCACCAAGGCGAUUUGAGCUUCCCAGAAAAACGGUGUAGCCGACGCUUCAAGACCCUUGCCGACGGUUCUUUCUUCCUUCUCUGUCAUUCCAUAUUAGAAUAUAGGCCACGCAGCCGCCGAGACUUAUCUCGUCACUCACCUCAGCUUUAAGCUUCUUCGAUAUCUUGGGUUUUGAAACUGACCGAUUCAGUAUCGCCAUCCAAACAUACUGAUUAUACACAUGGCAACAGAAAAGAGAAAAAGGAAGGAGCAUGUUCCACCAACAUACACACAGGUUAAGCUUCCUAAGUCCCGAUGUUCUGGGAAGAAAUUCAUAAAUGCCAUUGCACGCCUAGCCCCUGAAAAACAGCAAGCCAUUAGAGAGAUGGGCUUUGGGGGCCUACUGAAUUUUGCUUGUCGCGAACUAAGAUAUGAGCUAUGCGCGUGGCUCAUAUCUCAAUAUGACUUUACCUACCAUAGACUUAAUAUGGAAACCGGCAAUGCUAUCACUGUCAAUGAAGAACAUGUGAAUAGAGUGAUGGGCAUCCCUAACUCCGGGCAAGACGUGGUUAUCCUUAAGAGAACAGCCCCGUCCAAUCGCACAUACACUCUCAGGGUACUGGAGCAAAACCUUGAGAAUUUGCCCGUGUGUGAUGAUUUUUUAAAAUCAUUUUUAAUUUUUUCAUGUGCCACUCUACUGGCACCUAACUCUAAGCUUGAAGGAAGCCAUGACCUUUGGGACACCAUAUGGGAUGGUGAUGUUGGUGUCCAAAGGAAUUGGGCAAAGUUUCUGCUGAAACACUUAGAAGAUGGAAUCAAGGAAUAUCGACAAAAGCAGCCUACUUACAUCCGAGGCUGCCUCAUGUUCCUCCAGCUGUUCUACAUGGCAUAUUUCUACAUGCCAUCAGUCAAUGUUGAAGUGACCAGCCCGCUAGCUGCUGCAUGGACUGACGAUGUAAUGAAACGCCGAUUAGCAGCUGAAAUAUCAACAUUCGGUGGUUAUGGAUAUGUGCAUGCACAGGAGCGAGCACAAAGCACAGCCAAUAUGAAUGUACCAUCAGUAGCCUCAACCUCUACAGCGAAUGACGAUGCUACAGAGGUUAUUGAAGCCCGUGUCAUUGACACAUCGGAUAGUAUGCUACGAUUAGCUUCCUCUCUGGCGCGGGAUGUUGCUGCACUACGUUCCCGCCGAAGUGGAUCGGAGGGGAUAUCUUCAAUCCCUUGCCCAAAUGCAGAGCAACACGCUGAAUAUCAACCAAGGCGCGAAACACCGGGCAAGCAGACGUCAGCUGAUGAAAUGGAACCACAAGAUAGCCUCGUACCAACCCCCCAUUCUCCAAUUGGAAUGGAACCGUCACCAGAAGCCACUCAUUCCGACCCAAUGUCCCCACAGUCUCAUGCAGAGCCAUCGCUUCCAGCACAAGUGACAAUAGAAGAAGCGCGAGAAUGUGAUAGUGUAGGUGGGAGUGGUAAUCAAGCCAUUAAACCUUCAUCUAUCAAGAGAUUUAAGCGGACUGGUAAGAGGAUUGUGAAGCGUCCUCCCACUUGCAAAAGUCCAUUUGUCACCCAAUGUGUAAAACAAUUCCCUAAAAUCCCCCAUGCUCAUCGGGUAGUAGCGGACUACGCUUUGGCAGAAAUUGGUGAUCCUAGCGAGAUUUUAUGCGAGAUGUUUGGGAUGUACAUUACCCGAGAAGAAAUUUCUUGUCUAAAUGCAGGCCGAUGGGUUAAUUCAGUAAUUGUGGCGCUUUUCUGUCGCAUGAUGAAUGGACAGCAAGCACCACCAGCGCGCACCCACUAUUUUGAUCCUUCGUUCUCGGUGAUUCUGACCAACUUGAAAACAAAUGCAACCAGCCAGGUGAUCAUGGAUAGAUGUCGCAUGUAUCUGGAUGCUGAUGUUCAUCCCAGUUUGUGA